AUGGAGAACAGUCUCUCUUCCUCUCGCUCUCACUCCCACUGCAGCCAAAAGUUCAGCUGCAAAACAGCAGAAGAAACUAUGGAAUGGAUAAACGCAAUCAUCAAUUUCAUUAGACCCUACACUUUCUUAACCAACGCACACGUUACCAAUUUCUUCACUGACAAAUUAUGGCAAUCCAUUGAUCCUGAUUGGCUCCAGUGCUUGCGCAACGAACCUGUCCAAAAUCUCCUCUUAAUUCCUUCUGGUGUAAUCCAGGAGCAUUGGCCUGAUUCGCUGAAGGAAUUUGUUUUAGAUUUGAAGGCUCUGGCCUUUCGUCGCGAGCAAGCGGAUUUAAAGAAGGUGUUACCGGGAGUGAAUGUGGUUUCGCUCAAUAGUGUACUUUCUCAAGGCAUGAAUUUCAAGAAAAAACAUGAAGUGGAAGUUCUCUCUGCGGUUGUCAGUUCCAUUGCGUAUAGUGUGGGAGCUCAAACAAUAGUUGAUGUUGGUGCUGGCCAGGGUUAUCUUGCCCAAGUUCUUUCAUUCCAGUAUCAGCAUUCUGUAGUUGCUAUCGAUGCCUGUUCUCAUCAUGGAACGGUUACAGAGAAACGUGCAGAACAAAUCAAGAAGCAUUAUGCAGCUCAAAUGCAAACACACAAUUCAGGAACUGGGAUUCCAAAUGUGCCUAAGACUAUCACAUGCCGUGUCAUGUCUAUUGACAUGUUGAAAGCAUUGUCCUGUGUCUCACCACAUAUUGAUAAUGUCAAGCAGCCAGAGUUGAUUGGGCAAAGUGCAGAUGAUAAGACUUCAUUGGUACUUACUGGGUUACAUGCAUGUGGUGAUCUAUCAGUAACUAUGCUGAAGACCUUUUUAGAGUGCAAAGAUGUUAAAGCAGUUGUUAGCAUUGGAUGCUGUUAUAAUCUGCUUUCUGAAGGAUGUCUUGACAUAGCUGGUUCACAAUGUGGUUUUCCUAUGAGUUGUGGUGUUAAAUCUUCUGGUAUAUCACUUGGGAAAAGUUCACGUGAUCUUGCUUGUCAGAGUGCAGAGAGAUGGAAGAGUCUUGGAAAAGAUGCUGGUCUAGAUAAUUUUGAGUUGCAUGCUUUCCGUGCUGCUUUUCAGAUGGUUCUUUGUAAAUAUUAUCCUGAAAUCAUAACGUCAAGUCCCUCAAUUGGCCGUCAAGGGAAGGCUUUGCGACGUCAACGGCAAAGGAGGAUCCUGCAGUGUUCAAUUAAUUGCGAAGAAAGUAAACAUUUAUCAAUGCCUGAGACAAUUUCUCAUAUGCAAGAAAUCUGCCUAAAUUCACAGCCACCAGAAUCUAAAACAGAUGACAAUUCAGCCUCAAUGUUGGAUUUCCAUGGAUUUUCCUGCAAUGGAGGUACCGGAUACAAUGAAACUGCAGCUGCAAGCAAAUAUUUGCUAUUCGAGAAAUUUACUCAGUCUGGAUUAUCUCGCCUUGGUCUCAAACCUUUGCAGGAGACACAUUUCCAUGAACUAUGGAAGGAAGCUGAGCCAUUUGCUGAUCUAAUAGGACCCUAUUGGUCCCUGCGAGCUGCUUUAGGGCCCCUUUUGGAAACUCUUCUUCUGCUUGAUAGAUUAUUGUUCCUCCAAGAGCAAGGCAGUUCGUUGGAAGCAGUCAUGUUACCUAUAUUUGAUCCUGCAUUAUCCCCAAGGAAUGUGGCCAUAAUUGCGAAGAGAACUUGA